UUCAGUUUGCUCCAUCAGUCCACGAUGGACUACCUAAAGCUGAUUGUCAUUUUAAGUUGGAUAGGGAUAUCAUUAUCAGUGGAAAAUAAAAACCUAUUAAGAGCAGGGGAUGCUGCAGUCUUGACCUCCUGCGACUUCAACAAUGAUGCCAUGCCAUUCUGUGAGUUUCAUCAAGACUACACCGACCAAAGUGACUGGACACGUAACCGUGGCUCCACUCCCACACCCGGGACUGGGCCCAGUGGGGACUACCCCGACGGAAAGGGCUUCUAUAUUUACCAUGAAGGUGAUAACGUUGGAAAUGGCCAAACAGCACGGUUAAUAAGCCCGGCCAUCAGCACGGGCCCAGAUCAAAUCUGUGUGCAGUUCCACUACUACAUGUAUGGCAGCAACGACCGGAACCUCCUGAGGGUUCUUGUUAAACGAGGGUCCUCUGAGGAACAGGUCUGGGAGAGGGCGGGAAUGCAAAGUCCAUCGUGGCUGUCAGGAUCUGUUAGUGUGUCCAAACCUCUGGGGACAUCGCUGGAGAUUGUGUUCGAGGCUAAGCGCGGAUCCUCCUCGUCAUGUGACUCAGCUCUUGAUAAUCUUGUCAUCAGUGAAGGAGCCUGUCCUGAAUGUGUGUUUGGCUGUGAUUUUGACACAAUUGCGGACCUCUGCAACUGGGUAGUAGAAAUCCCAGAUGACAGGAUUUUUGGGUGGGAACAAUGGAAUGGUCCUACAGACACAGAAGGAACAGGCCCUAAUGAUGACUUCUCCAAACCUGGCUUGGGGAGCUACCUGCUAAUGGAUUCCACCUCUGCUUUCCCUGGUCUCUCAAGCCAGCUUUGGAGUCCUUCAGCAUCAUCUGCAUCUACUGGUUGCCUAGAGCUAGGUUUCCACUAUUACAUGUUUGGCACUGCCACCACCAUGCAACUCAGCGUCCAUGUUGCAGCAGGUGGCGUUCUGGGACCUGCCCUCUUCACCCUCACUGGGAACCAGGGACCAGCCUGGAGGCCUGCUGUGGUCCGCUACAUUGGCACAGGAACCAUCCAGUUUGUGAUUGUUGGAGUUUAUGGAGACACAGAUAAGACAGACAUCGCCAUUGACAGUGUAUGCAUCACAACUUGUGAAGCUGCAACACCCAUGCCUACAACACCAACACAAACUACACCCAGAUCAACAACUCCCUCAGGGUCUACGUCACGUCCAACAACACCGAAACCAUCAACUCCCAAACCAACAACACCAAAACCAUCUUCUCCUGCAACAACAACUCCAGUGAAGUGCCCCCCUAAUUCGGAGUAUUUGGAGUGUGGUCCAUCAUGUGUUCCCAGCUGUCAGAACCCCACCAUGAACUCCACUAACUGCACUGGGCCCUGUGUCAGCGGCUGUUUCUGUAGACCAGGUUUUGUGCUGUCAGGGAACCGGUGUGUUCCUGUUGACAAGUGUGGCUGUCUGGAUGACAACAACAACUAUUAUGAGCCUGGAGAGAUUGUCUUUGGGGAUGGCUGCUCUAAGCUGUGUCGCUGUGCUGGAAACUACACUCUUGCCUGUGUGGACAACAGCUGUGCUCCCACAGAGGAGUGCCGAGAGGUCAAUGGUGUCCCUGGAUGUUAUCCUCAAGGCACCUCCACCUGCAUCGCCUCUGGUGAUCCUCAUUACACAACCUUUGAUAAGCGGAAGUAUGACUUCAUGGGCAACUGCACCUAUGUGAUGUCCAAACCAUGCAACACGACCAGUGUGCCACACUAUGAGGUCCACGUGUCCAAUGAGAACCGGCACAACAACAAGAGAAUCAGCUAUGUAUCAGCAGUGCAUGUCUACGUCCAUGGAAUGACAGUGUCCAUACUUAAAGGAGGAACCGUGUGGAAUGUGUCUGCUUGUGUCCUCACUGUUUUCUUUCUGUGUAUCCCCCAGCUCAAUGGAACCAAUGUGAACCUGCCUGUGAAUCCAGCUUCAGACGUUUCUGUCUACAAGUCUGGAAAACAUUACACAGUGGCCAUGAGUUUUGGAGUGACUGUUCGAUAUGAUGGCAACCACUUCAUGGACAUCAAAGUCAUUGCAGCCUACAAAGAGAAGCUGUGUGGCUUGUGUGGAGAUUAUGAUGGGAACUCCAAGGAUGAUUUCCGUACUCCCUCUGGCGAACUCGUGACAAGUCCAAAUGACUUUGGAAAUAGCUGGAACUCUGACCCCGAGUGCAACAAGCAGCCAGUUCUGCCUGUCCCUGGUUGUACACCAGUGGAACAGGAUAAAUAUGAGUCUCCUGCCUUCUGUGGAAUCAUACUGGACAACAAAGGCCCAUUUGCAGUGUGCCACCCCAGGGUCAAUCCCAAUAGUUUCUUCAAGGACUGCAUGUUUGACCUGUGUGAACUGGAUGGACUACAGUCUGCCCUGUGUGAGUCCAUAGAGGCUUAUGUGAACGAGUGUCAGGAUCGUGGAGUCACCAUCGGUUCCUGGAGGAACACCACCUUCUGCCCCCUGACCUGUCCUACCAACAGCCACUUUGAGUCCUGUGCUCCACCCUGCCAGCCCUCCUGUGUCCCACCUACCCCAGCGCAAUGUAGCGGACCAUGUGCAGAGGGGUGUGUGUGUGACCCGGGAUACGUCCUCAGUGCUGGCAAGUGUGUCAGGAGCGACACCUGUGGAUGCAAACACACCAAUGGACAGUACUACCAGCCCGGAGAGGAGUUCUACACCACAGACUGUGAUCUGAAGUGCAGAUGCAAUCCUCCCUUCGUCAGCUGCAGUAGUGGAGAGUGCCCCCCUUCACAGGAGUGCAACAUUCAGGGAGGACUUCUGGGCUGCUACCCAAUAGCCACUACACCCAGACCUUCCACACCUCGCCCAACAACACCAAAACCAUCAACUCCCAGACCAACAACACCAAAACCAUCAACUCCUGCAACAACAACUCCAGUGAAGUGCCCCCCUAAUUCGGAGUAUUUGGAGUGUGGUCCAUCCUGUGUUCCCAGCUGUCAGAACCCCACCAUGAACUCCACUAACUGCACUGGGCCCUGUGUCAGCGGCUGUUUCUGUAGACCAGGUUUUGUGCUGUCAGGGAACCGGUGUGUUCCUGUUGACAAGUGUGGCUGUCUGGAUGACAACAACAACUAUUAUGAGCCUGGAGAGAUUGUCUUUGGGGAUGGCUGCUCUAAGCUGUGUCGCUGUGCUGGAAACUACACUCUUGCCUGUGUGGACAACAGCUGUGCUCCCACAGAGGAGUGCCGAGAGGUCAAUGGUGUCCCUGGAUGUUAUCCUCAAGGCACCUCCACCUGCAUUGCCUCUGGUGAUCCUCAUUACACCACCUUUGAUAAGCGGAAGUAUGACUUCAUGGGCAACUGCACCUAUCUGAUGUCCAAACCAUGCAACACGACCAGUGUGCCACACUAUGAGGUCCACGUGUCCAAUGAGAACCGGCACAACAACAAGAGAAUCAGCUAUGUAUCAGCAGUGCAUGUCUACGUCCAUGGAAUGACAGUGUCCAUACUUAAAGGAGGAACCGUGCGGCUCAAUGGAACCAAUGUGAACCUGCCUGUGAAUCCAGCUUCAGACGUUUCUGUCUACAAGUCUGGAAAACAUUACACAGUGGCCAUGAGUUUUGGAGUGACUGUUCGAUAUGAUGGCAACCACUUCAUGGACAUCAAAGUCAUUGCAGCCUACAAAGAGAAGCUGUGUGGCUUGUGUGGAGAUUAUGAUGGGAACUCCAAGGAUGAUUUCCGUACUCCCUCUGGCGAACUCGUGACAAGUCCAAAUGACUUUGGAAAUAGCUGGAACUCUGACCCAGAGUGCAACAAGCAGCCAGUUCUGCCUGUCCCUGGUUGUACACCAGUGGAACAGGAUAAAUAUGAGUCUCCUGCCUUCUGUGGAAUCAUACUGGACAACAAAGGCCCAUUUGCAGUGUGCCACCCCAGGGUCAAUCCCAAUAGUUUCUUCAAGGACUGCAUGUUUGACCUGUGUGAACUGGAUGGACUACAGUCUGCCCUGUGUGAGUCCAUAGAGGCUUAUGUGAACGAGUGUCAGGAUCGUGGAGUCACCAUCGGUUCCUGGAGGAACACCACCUUCUGCCCCCUGACCUGUCCCACCAACAGCCACUUUGAGUCCUGUGCUCCACCCUGCCAGCCCUCCUGUGUCACACCUCCCCCAGCGCAAUGUAGUGGACCAUGUGCAGAGGGGUGUGUGUGUGACCCAGGGUACGUCCUUAGUGCUGGCAAGUGUGUCAGGAGUGACACCUGUGGAUGCAAACACACCAAUGGACAGUACUACCAGCCCGGAGAGGAGUUCUACACCACAGACUGUGAUCUGAAGUGCAGAUGCAAUCCUCCCUUCGUCAGCUGCAGUAGUGGAGAGUGCCCCCCUUCACAGGAGUGCAACAUUCAGGGAGGACUUCUGGGCUGCUACCCAAUAGCCACUACACCCAGACCUUCCACACCUCGCCCAACAACACCAAAACCAUCAACUCCCAGACCAACAACACCAAAACCAUCUACUCCUGCAACAACAACUCCAGUGAAGUGCCCCCCUAAUUCGGAGUAUUUGGAGUGUGGUCCAUCAUGUGUUCCCAGCUGUCAGAACCCCACCAUGAACUCCACUAACUGCACUGGGCCCUGUGUCAGCGGCUGUUUCUGUAGACCAGGUUUUGUGCUGUCAGGGAACCGGUGUGUUCCUGUUGACAAGUGUGGCUGUCUGGAUGACAACAACAACUAUUAUGAGCCUGGAGAGAUUGUCUUUGGGGAUGGCUGCUCUAAGCUGUGUCGCUGUGCUGGAAACUACACUCUUGCCUGUGUGGACAACAGCUGUGCUCCCACAGAGGAGUGCCGAGAGGUCAAUGGUGUCCCUGGAUGUUAUCCUCAAGGCACCUCCACCUGCAUUGCCUCUGGUGAUCCUCAUUACACCACCUUUGAUAAGCGGAAGUAUAACUUCAUGGGCAACUGCACGUAUCUGAUGUCCAAACCAUGCAACACGACCAGUGUGCCACACUAUGAGGUCCACGUGUCCAAUGAGAACCGGCACAACAACAAGAGAAUCAGCUAUGUAUCAGCAGUGCAUGUGUACGUCCAUGGAAUGACAGUGUCCAUACUUAAAGGAGGAACCGUGCGGCUCAAUGGAACCAAUGUGAACCUGCCUGUGAAUCCAGCUUCAGACGUUUCUGUCUACAAGUCUGGAAAACAUUACACAGUGGCCAUGAGUUUUGGAGUGACUGUUCGAUAUGAUGGCAACCACUUCAUGGACAUCAAAGUCAUUGCAGCCUACAAAGAGAAGCUGUGUGGCUUGUGUGGAGAUUAUGAUGGGAACUCCAAGGAUGAUUUCCGUACUCCCUCUGGCGAACUCGUGACAAGUCCAAAUGACUUUGGAAAUAGCUGGAACUCUGACCCCGAGUGCAACAAGCAGCCAGUUCUACCUGUCCCUGGUUGUACACCAGUGGAACAGGAUAAAUAUGAGUCUCCUGCCUUCUGUGGCAUCAUACUGGACAACAAAGGCCCAUUUGCAGUGUGCCACCCCAGGGUCAAUCCCAAUAGUUUCUUCAAAGACUGCAUGUUUGACCUGUGUGAACUGGAUGGACUACAGUCUGCCCUGUGUGAGUCCAUAGAGGCUUAUGUGAACGAGUGUCAGGAUCGUGGAGUCACCAUCGGUUCCUGGAGGAACACCACCUUCUGCCCCCUGACCUGUCCUACCAACAGCUACUUUGAGUCCUGUGCUCCACCCUGCCAGCCCUCCUGUGUCACACCUCCCCCAGCGCAAUGUAGUGGACCAUGUGCAGAGGGGUGUGUGUGUGACCCAGGGUACGUCCUUAGUGCUGGCAAGUGUGUCAGGAGCGACACCUGUGGAUGCAAACACACCAAUGGACAGUACUACCAGCCCGGAGAGGAGUUCUACACCACAGACUGUGAUCUGAAGUGCAGAUGCAAUCCUCCCUUCGUCAGCUGCAGUAGUGGAGAGUGCCCCCCUUCACAGGAGUGCAACAUUCAGGGAGGACUUCUGGGCUGCUACCCAAUAGCCACUACACCCAGACCUUCCACACCUCGCCCAACAACACCAAAACCAUCAACUCCCAGACCAACAACACCAAAACCAUCUACUCCUGCAACAACAACUCCAGUGAAGUGCCCCCCUAAUUCGGAGUAUUUGGAGUGUGGUCCAUCAUGUGUUCCCAGCUGUCAGAACCCCACCAUGAACUCCACUAACUGCACUGGGCCCUGUGUCAGCGGCUGUUUCUGUAGACCAGGUUUUGUGCUGUCAGGGAACCGGUGUGUUCCUGUUGACAAGUGUGGCUGUCUGGAUGACAACAACAACUAUUAUGAGCCUGGAGAGAUUGUCUUUGGGGAUGGCUGCUCUAAGCUGUGUCGCUGUGCUGGAAACUACACUCUUGCCUGUGUGGACAACAGCUGUGCUCCCACAGAGGAGUGCCGAGAGGUCAAUGGUGUCCCUGGAUGUUAUCCUCAAGGCACCUCCACCUGCAUUGCCUCUGGUGAUCCUCAUUACACAACCUUUGAUAAGCGGAAGUAUAACUUCAUGGGCAACUGCACCUAUGUGAUGUCCAAACCAUGCAACACGACCAGUGUGCCACACUAUGAGGUCCACGUGUCCAAUGAGAACCGGCACAACAACAAGAGAAUCAGCUAUGUAUCAGCAGUGCAUGUGUACGUCCAUGGAAUGACAGUGUCCAUACUUAAAGGAGGAACCGUGCGGCUCAAUGGAACCAAUGUGAACCUGCCUGUGAAUCCAGCUUCAGACGUUUCUGUCUACAAGUCUGGAAAACAUUACACAGUGGCCAUGAGUUUUGGAGUGACUGUUCGAUAUGAUGGCAACCACUUCAUGGACAUCAAAGUCAUUGCAGCCUACAAAGAGAAGCUGUGUGGCUUGUGUGGAGAUUAUGAUGGGAACUCCAAGGAUGAUUUCCGUACUCCCUCUGGCGAACUCGUGACAAGUCCAAAUGACUUUGGAAAUAGCUGGAACUCUGACCCCGAGUGCAACAAGCAGCCAGUUCUACCUGUCCCUGGUUGUACACCAGUGGAACAGGAUAAAUAUGAGUCUCCUGCCUUCUGUGGAAUCAUACUGGACAACAAAGGCCCAUUUGCAGUGUGCCACCCCAGGGUCAAUCCCAAUAGUUUCUUCAAAGACUGCAUGUUUGACCUGUGUGAACUGGAUGGACUACAGUCUGCCCUGUGUGAGUCCAUAGAGGCUUAUGUGAACGAGUGUCAGGAUCGUGGAGUCACCAUCGGUUCCUGGAGGAACACCACCUUCUGCCCCCUGACCUGUCCUACCAACAGCCACUUUGAGUCCUGUGCUCCACCCUGCCAGCCCUCCUGUGUCACACCUCCCCCAGCGCAAUGUAGCGGACCAUGUGCAGAGGGGUGUGUGUGUGACCCGGGAUACGUCCUCAGUGCUGGCAAGUGUGUCAGGAGUGACACCUGUGGAUGCAAACACACCAAUGGACAGUACUACCAGCCCGGAGAGGAGUUCUACACCACAGACUGUGAUCUGAAGUGCAGAUGCAAUCCUCCCUUCGUCAGCUGCAGUAGUGGAGAGUGCCCCCCUUCACAGGAGUGCAACAUUCAGGGAGGACUUCUGGGCUGCUACCCAAUAGCCACCUCCACCUGCAUUGCCUCUGGUGAUCCUCACUACACCACCUUUGAUAAGCGGAAGUAUAACUUCAUGGGCAACUGCACGUAUCUGAUGUCCAAACCAUGCAACACGACCAGUGUGCCACACUAUGAGGUCCACGUGUCCAAUGAGAACCGGCACAACAACAAGAGAAUCAGCUAUGUAUCAGCAGUGCAUGUCUACGUCCAUGGAAUGACAGUGUCCAUACUUAAAGGAGGAACCGUGCGGAUCAAUGGGAUCAAUGUGAACCUGCCUGUGAAUCCAGCUUCAGAUGUUUCUGUCUACAAGUCUGGAAAACAUUACACAGUGGCCAUGAGUUUUGGAGUGACUGUUCGUUACGAUGGCAACCACUUCAUGGACAUCAAAGUCAUUGCAGCCUACAAAGACAAGCUGUGUGGCUUGUGUGGAGAUUAUGAUGGGAACUCCAAGGAUGAUUUCCGUACUCCCUCUGGCGAACUCGUGACAAGUCCAAAUGACUUUGGAAAUAGCUGGAACUCUGACCCAGAGUGCAACAAGCAGCCAGUUCUGCCUGUCCCUGGUUGUACACCAGUGGAACAGGAUAAAUAUGAGUCUCCUGCCUUCUGUGGAAUCAUACUGGACAGCAAAGGCCCAUUUGCAGUGUGCCACCCCAGGGUCAAUCCCAAUAGUUUCUUCAAGGACUGCAUGUUUGACCUGUGUGAACUGGAUGGACUACAGUCUGCCCUGUGUGAGUCCAUAGAGGCUUAUGUGAACGAGUGUCAGGAUCGUGGAGUCACCAUCGGUUCCUGGAGGAACACCACCUUCUGCCCCCUGACCUGUCCUACCAACAGCCACUUUGAGUCCUGUGCUCCACCCUGCCAGCCCUCCUGUGUCCCACCUACCCCAGCGCAAUGUAGCGGACCAUGUGCAGAGGGGUGUGUGUGUGACCCGGGAUACGUCCUCAGUGCUGGCAAGUGUGUCAGGAGCGACACCUGUGGAUGCAAACACACCAAUGGACAGUACUACCAGCCCGGAGAGGAGUUCUACACCACAGACUGUGAUCUGAAGUGCAGAUGCAAUCCUCCCUUCGUCAGCUGCAGUAGUGGAGAGUGCCCCCCUUCACAGGAGUGCAACAUUCAGGGAGGACUUCUGGGCUGCUACCCAAUAGCCACUACACCCAGACCAACAACCCCCAGACCUUCCACACCUCGCCCAUCAACACCAAAACCAUCAACACCAAAGCCAACGACACCAAAGCCAACUACUCCUGCAACAACAACUCCAGCCAAGUGUCCACCUAAUGCGGAGUACAUUGAGUGUGGUCCAGCCUGUAUCCCCAGCUGUAGGGAGCCUUCCACAAACUGCACUGGCUCUUGUAUCAGCGGAUGUUUCUGUAAGCCAGGCUUUCUCUUCCGCGGCCGACGUUGCGUGCCCGUUGAGAAGUGCGGCUGUCUAGACACUGAUAACAACUACUAUGAGCCUGGGGAGAUUAUCUUUGGGGAUGGCUGCUCUAAGCUGUGUCGCUGUGCUGGAAACUACACUCUUGACUGUGUGGACAACAGCUGCGAUCCCACAGAGGAGUGCCGAGAAGUCAGUGGAGUCCAUGGCUGCUAUCCCAAAGGCACCUCCACCUGCAUUGCCUCCAGUGAUCCCCACUACACCACCUUUGAUAAGCGGAAGUAUGACUUCAUGGGCAACUGCACGUAUCUGAUGUCCAAACCGUGCAACACGACCAGUGUGCCACACUACGAGGUCCACGUGACCAAUAAGAACCGGCUCAACAAUUACAAAAUCAGCUACGUGGAUUCUGUGCACGUCCGCGUCAAUGGUGUGACUGUGUCCAUUCGGAACGGAGGAACUGUGCAGCUCAAUGGAACCAAUGUGAACCUGCCUGUGAAUCCAGCUCCAGGCGUUUCUGUCUACAAGUCUGGAAGACAUUACACAGUGGCCAUGAGUUUUGGAGUGACUGUUCGUUAUGAUGGCAACCACUUCAUGGACAUCAAAGUGAUUGCAGAUUAUAAGGACAAGGUGUGUGGAUUGUGUGGAGAUUACAAUGGAGACGCCAAGGACGAUUUCCGCACUCCUUCUGGCCAUCUGGCCACCAGCCCAGUGGAGUUUGGGGACAGCUGGAACACUGACUCUAAAUGCAACAAGAAACCUGAUGAAGUUAUUCCAGGAUGCACAGAUGAUGAACAGGAUAAAUAUGAGUCUCCUGCCUUCUGUGGAAUCAUACUGGACAGCAAAGGCCCAUUUGCAGUGUGCCACCCCAGGAUCAAUCCCAAUAGUUUCUUCAAGGACUGCAUGUUUGACCUGUGUGAACUGGAUGGACAACAGUCUGCCCUGUGUGAGUCCAUAGAGGCUUAUGUGAACGAGUGUCAGGAUCGUGGAGUCACCAUCGGUUCCUGGAGGAACACCACCUUCUGCCCUCUAAAAUGCGCCACCAACAGUCACUUUGAGGCCUGUGCUUCACCCUGCCAGCCUUCCUGUGUCAAGCCGUCUCCAGGGCAAUGCAAUGGCACCUGUGCGGAGGGGUGUGUGUGUGACCCAGGAUAUGUGCUCAGCGCUGACAAGUGUAUCAGGAACGACACCUGUGGUUGUGAGUCCAAUGGAUUGUACUAUGAGUCCGGGGAGGAAUUCUACUCUAAGGAUUGCAAGCAGAAGUGCAAGUGCAACUCCCCUAAUGUCACCUGUGAGGCCACCGAAUGUCCCCCAAUGCAGCAGUGUGGGGUGCAGGGAGGAGUGCUUGGCUGUUACCCUGUAGGUUUUGAAGACUGCACGAUCUCAGGAGACCCGCACUACAACACCUUUGACGACAAGUUCUAUUCCUUCAUGGGCACCUGCACAUACACUCUGGCACGGACCUGCAAGAACAACACAGGACCGUGGUUCUCAGUGGAGGCCAAGAACGAAGAGAGAGGCGUGUCGGGGGUCUCCUACCUCAAGAAGCUCUAUGUGACGGUCAAUGGUGUCACUGUGACCAUGAUGAAGGCCAGGAGAAUGCUGGUGGGCGGCCGUAGAGUGGCCCUUCCGCACUCUCCAUCUCCCCUCAUGUCUCUGUCCCUGGCUGGACAGUACAUCACGCUCCAGACCACCUUCGGCCUCAAGGUGCGCUGGGAUGGCAACCACUAUGCUCAAAUUACUGUGCCCAGCACAUAUCACGACCAGAUGUGCGGCCUGUGCGGUGACUUUGAUGGUAACCCUGGCAAUGACCUAACCAAGCCAGAUGGCACACAAGCUGAAAACACAGAUCAGUUCGGGAACAGUUGGCAGACAGAUGAGGACGAGGAUGAUGUGUGCAAGCCUGAUGUGACCCCUGACCCUCCAUGCAAACCAGAGCUGGAGGCCAUAGUGACCAACCCUGCAAACUGUGGCAAGCUCAACGACACCACAGGCCCCUUCAGAGAUUGCAUAAAGGUGGUGAAUCCACUGCCCUUCUUCCAGAGCUGUGUGUUUGACAUGUGCCGUUACGAGGGCCUGCAAGAGGCUCUGUGUCAACAGCUGCAGGUCUACACUGACGUCUGCCUGGGUGCAGGAGCACCCGUGCACCAGUGGAGGGAGCCAAACUUCUGUCCACUGAACUGCCCCCCGGACAGCCACUACAGCCUGUGCGUGAGCGCCUGUCCGGAGACGUGUCUGGGGGUCAGCGGGCCCCCAGGAUGUGGCGCUAAAUGUGUGGAGGGCUGCCAGUGUAACCCCGGCUUUGUGCUGAGCGACGAGCAGUGUGUCCCGCUCAAGGACUGCGGCUGUGUGGAUCCUCAAGGCUCAUAUCACCCUGCCAACGAGAGCUGGUACCUGGAGGGCUGUACGCAGCAGUGUGUGUGCUCUGGUGGCGGGGUGAUCGAAUGCCGCAACACCACCUGCGCCCCCACCGAGAAAUGCCAGCUGCAGGAUGGGGAAUAUGGCUGCCAACCACUGGGUAAGGGAACGUGUUCAGUGUCUGGAGAUCCCCACUACACCUCCUUCGAUAAGAAAACCCAUCACUUCAUGGGCUCCUGUUCCUACACCUUAACCAAACCAUGCAACGAGACCUCUGGCUUGCCGUACUUCACUGUUGAGACUCAGAAUGAGCACAGGGGCAGCAAUAGGAAAGUGUCCUAUGUCCGUGCCGUGGUCAUUAAUGUUUACGGCCAGCGCGUCAUCCUGGAGAGAGGCCGUAAAGUCCAGGUGAACGGUUUCAGGGUCACACCACCGGUCACCCUCGAUGGGAGUGUGAAGAUCUACUUGAGUGGGAAAUUUGUGGUUCUGGAAACUGAGUUUGGUCUGCGCGUGCGCUUCGAUGGCAACCACCACGCCGACGUCACCCUGCCUUCCUCCUACAGUGGCCUCCUGUGUGGGAUGUGCGGAAACUAUAACGGGAAUUCCGGAGACGACAACCUCAAACCAGACGGCCGCCCCGCAGUCAGCACCAACGCGCUGGGAGAGAGCUGGCAGGUCCAUGAUGACAGGCCAGACUGUACUCAUGAUGGCGGUAUAGACGACUGCGAUGAUAAGAUCGAGAGCGAAGCCCAGAAGCCCACCAGCUGUGGCAUGAUCACAGACCCCAAUGGCAUCUUUAAGCCUUGCCACGCUGUGGUGCCCCCCUCGCCCUACUUUGAGAACUGUGUGUAUGACCAGUGUGGCACAGGCGGAAGUACAGUGGCCCUGUGCCAGUCUCUGGAGUCUUACGCUGACAUGUGUGCCCAGGCUGGGGUGUCCAUCCCCUGGAGGAAAGACACCUUCUGUCCUCUGAAGUGCCCUGCUGGCAGUCACUAUGAGUCAUGUGGCCCAGCCUGCCCCCCCAGCUGCCAGGAUCUGGGUUCGUCUGCCACAUGCACUGAGCCGUGUGUGGAGGGCUGUGUGUGUGACGGUGAGCUUGUGCUCAGUGGUGACAAGUGUGUGCCCUUCAACCAGUGUGGCUGUACCGACAAGGACAACAACUACCGACCGGUGGGAGACAGCUGGUUCACUACUAAGGACUGCUCCGAGCGCUGUGUCUGUGGGCCGUUUAACAACGUCACCUGCGAGCCUUGGCAGUGCAGCCCAGCCCAGGAGUGUAAGGUCUACGAUGGCCAACUGGCCUGUCACUCAAGUGGUGUGGGGGUGUGCCAUGUGGCUGGAGACCCCCACUACUAUACCUUCGAUGGCAUCAUGCACACGUACAUGGGCACCUGCACCUACACACUGGUGUCCAUCUGCAACAGCACCCAGGUCACGCCCUUCACCAUCGUGGCCAAGAACGAGGAGCGCGGCCAGCCGGAGGCGUCGUACGUGCGCUCCAUCACCAUCUACCUGCCCGGAGCUAACGUCACCCUCAGCAAGAGCGGCCGAGUGCUGCUGAAUGGGCGGCGGGUGCGUACCCCUCUGACCAUCACCGGGGCGGAUGCUCGCGUGUACACCAGCGGCGUCUACACGGUGUUGGACACCGGCUUCGGCCUCAUUGUGAAGUUUGAUGGCGUACAUCACCUGGAGAUCACCGUGCCAGGGGACUACUUUGAUAAGGUUUGUGGCAUGUGUGGAAACUACAACGGCAAGCCAUCGGACGAUAACCUGAUGCCUGAUGGCCGCCCGGCCAAAGACGUCAUCGAGCUGGGCAAUAGCUGGAAGUCUGAGGGAGACAGUGAUCCCGGCUGUCAGCCAGACCUGCGUCCUGACGUGCACCCAGACUGCACCUCCUCGGAGGAGGCCAGCUUUGAGGCUCAGUGCUCCAGCGUCAUCAUGUCAGACAAGUUCAAGCCGUGCCACUCCGUGUUGCCACCCCAGCCUUUCAUCGGCAACUGCUUGUACGACAUGUGCGAGUACGACGGCAUGCAGGCCACUCUGUGUGACAAUGUGGAGGCCUACGCCCAGGCCUGCCAGAGUUCCGGCGUCACCAUCAGCUGGAGGAACAACACCUUCUGCCCUCUCCCGUGUCCUCCAAACAGCUACUACUCCGACUGCACCCCCCCCUGCCCCCCCACGUGUGCCGACCUCUUCCCCAUAUUCUGCCCGCAGCCGUCCACCCAGUGCGUGGAGGGCUGCAUGUGUGACGCUGGCUUCGUCCUCAGCGAUGGCAAGUGUGUGUCCAUGGCCAACUGUGGCUGCCUGGACGUCGGAGAGUAUCAUGACGUGGGAGACACAUGGGUCACAGACUACUGUGCCCAGAAGUGCAGCUGUACCGUGGGAGGGAGUGUGAGAUGCCAGGAUUUCAAGUGCAACGACAAGUCCAUCUGCACCCUGGAUAAAGAUGGCGAGAGAUACUGCAAGCCAGAGAGGUUUGAUAAGUGCUCCAUUUCUGGGGAUCCACACUACCGGACCUUUGACAACCUCAACCACCACUAUCAGGGCCCAUACACCUACGUCCUGACUCAAGGUCACGACCUGACCAGCUCGCAGGAGCCCCUGGUGGUGCGUGGCAAGAACGCACGGCGCGGAGGCAACCGGCGGGUGUCCUUCCUUCAUGAGGUCUACGUGGACGUUUACGACAUCAGUAUCCGUCUGCUGCAGAAAAAGAUUCUCCUGGUCAAUGGAGAGAGAGUGGUUCCUCCUCUGAGCCCUAAACAGGGCCUGAACAUCGCCAUGAACUCCCGCUUCCUCCAGGUCUCCACUGACUUUGGCCUCACAGUUCGCUUUGAUGGCAACAGCCAAGCAGAGGUGAUCCUGCCAAGCACGUACAGGGCACAGGUGCGUGGCCUGUGCGGCAAUUACGAUGGGCGCAGCAAUAACGAGUACAUGAAGCCUGACGGCAGCCUGACGCGCAACAUCAACCAGUUUGGUGACAGCUGGCGUGUGAACGACAGGUCGGGCGCGAGAAUUCACACAUCAGACUUGUCUGAGCGAGUGCACCUGCACAGGCGUGCUGUGGAGGAGGAUCCUGACACCGGCUUCGAGACGUCAGGCUGCAGUGAGUCCCAGCUGGCUGAGUUGAGCGGUCCCAAGCAGUGUGGAGCCCUGUCUGCCUCCACGGGGCCCCUCAGCGCCUGCCACGCCACUCUCACCCCCACAGCCUUCCAGGAGGACUGUAUAUUUGACCUGUGUGCAGAGCAGGGAGAUGCUACUCUGCGCUGUGAGAGUUAUGCCGUCUACGCCCAGGCCUGUCAGGAGCUAGGAGUCAAACUAGGGCCCUGGAGAAAACAGCUGGGCUGUGACCUGACUUGUGGAGCCAACAGUAACUACACCAGCUGCAUGUCUUCAUGCCCGUCGUCCUGCGCUGAGAUGGCGUUCCCCUCGGAGUGUGAGCAGACCCAGUGUGUGGAGGGCUGCCAGUGUGCUGCUGGGUUCGUGCUGAGUGCCGACGUCUGCGUGCCCUACACUGAAUGUGGCUGCUCCUUCCUGGGCCGUUAUUACCCGCUGGGCGAGCGUUUUGUCACUGAGGACUGUGCCCAGAGCUGCGAGUGCACCGUCACUGGUGCUGUGUGCCAGGCCCAAGCCUGCCGUGGGCAUGUCUGCACCAUCUACAACCUCACCCGAGACUGCUUCAAAGAGAGCCCAUGCCUUUCCAGCCCCUGCCAGAACGGCGGCACAUGCCAGGACAGCACCGGGGGGGCUGGGUACACCUGCUCAUGCGCCGAGGGUUUCCAGGGGGCCACCUGUGAGAUAGAGAAGGAGGCCACCAGCGGUGGACUGGAUAAAACGACAAUCAUACUGAUUGCAGUCCUUGUGCCUGUGGGCGUUCUAAUAAUAGCCUUGAUUAUUGGUUUCUGUUGCUGCAGAAGAUUACGGACAAAGAGUUAUGACCCCAGACAUUAUGCGGACUAUUAUAGUAAAAGAAAAGGAAGCUAUGACUCCAGUAGUGUGACGUUAUCCACAAGAGGUGCGAAGUAUGAAAACCUGGAUGACAUUGACAAGCAAAAGCAAGCGAACGUAGUGGAGAAGACAUCGCAGAUGUGAGGAUAGCCUUGAAGAAAGAAGAAUGAUGAAGUUUCGUAUUUAUUUGCAAAAGCAAUGACUGUACUAGUGAUCACCGAGCCAAAAGGCUCUCAAUUCAGUCCUGUUAUGUUUCAUGUGUGAAUAUAGUGAUUUUUAUGGCUUUAGCAUUCAUUAACUUAUUUCAGCCUGGUGUAAUGUUUGUCAGAAAUGUAUUGUGGUUUAAAGGGGAAAAGGGAAUGCGCAAUUCCAUUGCAGCUGGAUAUAAUGCAUAAUAAAUUAUAUUUUUCAGCAAAA